ACAGACGAUAUGGUGUUCGGUAUCUUGAGGAGUUUCCAUCUGUCGGUACGUGCCUGGCAGCCGGGAGACGUCGUCUCGCACACUUCUGCACGGCGACCCGCCAGCUACCGCUCUCUGCACGAAGCUUGCGUAGUGCCAAGCCGAACCACCACUUCAAUCCAGGUGUGAAAUGGCAGUAGAUCCGCGGUGGCUGGCGUGUCUGUGGGUGUGGAUGUUAAUGGGCACCUGGAGCAAUGUCGAGGGAGCGCGCGUGCUUGCUGUGAUGCCUACACCAUCCAUCAGCCACCAGACUCCCAUCCAAGCCAUUGCCAUGGCACUUGUUUCUCGGGGUCACCAUGUCACCCUCCUCACAACAGACCCCAUGCAGGAUCCCCCAGAAAACUUGACGCAAAUCGACCUGUCCUUCACCUACAAAUAUUGGAUGUUGUUUGAUGAAGACAAACACUUGGAGGAAAUUUCUCCUCCUGAGUUUGUGGUAGCCUUCAUGGACCUGAUGGCCAAUCUUACAGAGCAUCAGUUACAGUCUCCCCAAGUCCAGGAGCUAAUACAGUCUGGGCAGCAGUUUGAUCUAUUCGUGCUGGAGGCAUCCAUGUUCCAGGCGUACUUUGGGCUCUACCAUGUCGUGGGCUCUCCACCCCUGGUGGGCUUCGUGUCUCUGGGAAUGCUGCCCAGUGGGUUUGCUGCCAUGGGCAAUCCUGACAUCCCUUCCUUCUCACCUUCAUUAGCUGCUGACUUCCCAGACCAUAUGAACUUCAUUCAACGUCUGGCCAACACCCUGGGAAAUGUCAUCUAUGGGUAUCUGUUUGAGGAUCGUGUGCUGGCACCACAGGAGCAAAUUCUCAGGAAGUACUUUGGUGACGCGCCACCUCCUGUUGCUGAGACAGAACGAAAUUACAGUCUGAUGCUGGUGAAUAAUCACUUUAGUGUCAACUACCCACGCCCGUACCUGCCCACAAUCAUAGAACUCACAGGCUUACACAUCCAGAAGGAGCGCAAGCCCCUGCCAAAGGAGGUCCGUGAAUUCCUGGAUGGUGCAGAAGAAGGUGCAGUGUACUUCAGCCUGGGCACCAAUGUGCGAAGCUCCCUACUGUCUGCAGACAAAGUGCAUGCAAUUAUAGAAGCACUGGGUGAACUUCCACAACGCAUUCUCUUGAAGUGGGAGACUGGGAAGUUACCUGAAGUGCCACCCAAUGUGCUCACCUCUAACUGGUUUCCACAGCAGGAUGUGCUUGCUCACCCUAAUGUACGUGUGUUUGUGACACAAGGAGGACUACAGAGUAUGAAUGAAGCAGCAUACUUUGGUGUGCCCACAGUAGGUAUCCCUUUUCUUGGUGACCAGCCCCUCAAUGUUGCUAAGAUGGCUGCUUCAGGCAUAGGCAUACGUCUUGAUGUCAAAUAUCUCACAAAGGAAUCACUGCUACAUGCAAUCAAGACUGUUUUGGAAGAGUCUAGCUACAAGGAAAACAUGCAGCAGUUGUCUGUCAUCUAUCGUGAGCACCAAGCGCCAUCACUGGAUCGAGCAGUAUGGUGGCUGGAGUAUGUGCUCCGCCACAACGGGACACGUCACAUGCGCAGCCCAUCACUUGACUUCAACUUCUGGCAGCUGUGGCUUAUCGAUGUGCUGUGUGUAAUUGCUGCUAUUGCAUCAGUCAUCUUUUUUAUUUUAUAUGCUAGGUUACAUAAACUGGCAGCAAUGAUCACAUCAAUGAAGAAAUUAAAAAGUCAUUAAUGUGUACACACUUAAAUAAACUAGUUCCUAUUUAUCUACCAAAUGUACCUGUAUUUCCACUAUUUAUGUGUAAUAUUUGUAGUUAUAAACUACAUCUGGUAAAACUGUUACUUAAAAAUAUUAUUACUGUUGUAAUAAAGUAUUUCAUAUAUUUUUU